AUGUCGCAGAGCCAGGGAGAUAUUCAAGAGCGGAUUGCCGCCGCUCGCAGAGAGGCAGAGAGUUUGAAGGAAAAGAUUCGAGCAAAGAGGGAAUCGUCGGCGGACACAAGCUUGCGCGCGAUGGCCGCAGAAGUCGACCCAUUACCCAGAAUAGUUAUGCGCCCUCGACGGGCGCUGAAAGGACAUCUUGCAAAAAUCUACGCAAUGCACUGGGCAGCCGAUAGACGACACCUAGUUUCAGCUUCGCAGGACGGGAAACUCAUCGUUUGGGAUGCUUAUACCACCAACAAAGUUCACGCCAUUCCUCUUCGAUCUAGCUGGGUUAUGACUUGCGCUUACUCGCCAUCGGGGAACUUCGUAGCCUGUGGUGGUCUCGACAAUAUCUGCUCUAUCUACAACCUCAACAACAAGGACGCUGGCGCUAGCGUACGUGGCGCUCGGGAACUAAGCGCACACUCAGGUUAUCUCAGCUGCUGUCGCUUCAUCAACGACCGGCAAAUCGUGACUAGUUCUGGUGAUAUGACGUGUAUGCUGUGGGAUAUUGAAGCUGGUGUCCGGGUGGUUGAGUUCAGCGACCAUACGGGUGAUGUAAUGAGCUUGUCUCUGGGACCUAAUCAGAACGUUUUUGUAUCCGGAGCCUGCGACGCAACAGCAAAACUCUGGGAUAUUCGUAGCGGACGAGCAACACAGACCUUCACUGGUCAUGAGUCCGAUAUUAACGCUGUCCAAUUCUUCCCCAACGGUGAUGCCUUCGCUACAGGAUCGGACGAUGCGUCCUGUCGCUUGUUUGAUAUUCGAGCUGACCGGGAACUAAACGCGUUUACCCACGAUAAUAUUCUUUGUGGAAUCACCUCUGUUUCAUUCUCCAUCUCCGGGCGUAUUCUCUUCGGUGGUUAUGAUGACUGGACGUGCAAUGUCUGGGACACGCUGAGAGGUGAACGUGUGGGUGUUCUCACUGGCCAUGAGAACAGAGUCAGUUGUUUGGGUGUAAGCGCAGAUGGCAUGGCUCUUUGCACAGGAAGUUGGGAUAGUACGCUCCGAGUUUGGGCGUAA